AAGAAGAAGAAAAAAAAGGAAGAAGAAGAAGAAGAGGAGGAGGGAGAGGAGGAAGAAGAAGAAAAAAAAUAAUAAUAAUCAGACUGGUUGGAGCCGCACAUGUUUGGAGGAACCUCGUCACUGUAAAACUGUUUGACAGCAAAGUGCUGGAUGCAAAGAUCCUGUUCAAAAUGGCUUACCAGACAUUUCAACAGGAGUAUUUACAGAUUCCGCUUGUGACGAGGGCAUAUACAACCGCAUGUGUCCUAACAACAGCAGCAGUGCAACUAGAGCUCAUCACACCUUUUCAACUAUACUUCAAUCCAGAUUUGAUCCUAAGGAAUUACCAAGUAUGGCGACUAAUAACAAACUUCCUAUUUUUUGGUCCAGUUGGCUUCAAUUUUCUGUUCAAUAUGAUAUUUUUAUACAGAUACUGUCGUAUGCUGGAGGAGGGCUCCUUCAGGGGUCGAACAGGUGACUUUGUUUUCAUGUUCCUCUUUGGCGGACUUCUGAUGACUAUAUUUGGAACUUUUGUGAGUUUGGUGUUCUUGGGCCAAGCGUUCACAAUAAUGUUGGUGUACAUAUGGAGUCGAAGAAAUCCAAAUGUUCGGAUGAAUUUCUUUGGCCUUUUGAAUUUCCAGGCACCCUUUCUGCCUUGGGUGCUGAUGGGAUUUUCACUUCUGCUGGGAAAUUCCAUCAUCAUAGAUCUUUUAGGUAUCGCUGUCGGUCAUGUAUACUUCUUCUUGGAAGACGUCUUCCCCAACCUGCCAGGUGGUGGAAGAUGGCUGAAGACUCCAUCAAUAAUAAAGAUGCUGUUCGACACUCCUGACGAUGAUGCCAAUUACAAUCCAUUGCCCGAGGAUCGCCCAGGAGGGUUUGCUUGGGGAGAGGGACCACCAAACCUUGGAGGUUAACAAUAAUCUGGUGUUGUCAAGUAUCUUCCAAAAAUGUUCCACCAGAGUGAUAACGUGUAUUGAUAUGCUUGUUUUUUUUUUUUUUUUUUUUUAUUCAUGGGUGGACAAUGCAAAAAAAAAAAGAAAAACAUUGAAAAGUCCAUUUGUUAUUUUUGUUUAGUGUUUCAAAGUGGAUUCAAAUGAACAAUUUGCCAUGCCAGUCUGCGAGUCUCUUUCUCCGGAGAGUCAUGGUAUUUUCUCUCUCAUUUAUGGAGAAUUAAGUUGAUGGUUUCAAUUAUUUUGACAAUAAGGGUGAAGUCAAAAAGCUGAACUGUUUUAUAAGGCUGUUCAACACAGUAAAUUCACAGCUUCUGGUUGACUCUGGUGUCUUUUUUUUUUGUUGUUUGAUGCUGUUAUUUUACUUCCUGGUUUUUAUUUGCACAAUACUGUACACAGUGUACAGUCGUGUGUGUGUGUGUGUGUGUGAUUUUUUUUUCAUUUUAAAUUAAUUUUUACUUGCCAGUUGAAAAACGGAAAAUCUGGCCAUUAUAACAUCAACGAUUGAGUGAACAAGAGAUCUGAUUUCAAAACUGCUUUUCCUCAACCAGACAACACACAGAAGUAAUCACAGGCAAAGAUAGCUUAGCAUGUGGUUGGAGUGGGACUGGGGGGUUUUAUUAACUCAAUCACUGUAUAAACACUGGAACUUGAAUUGAUAUUUAUUGAUGAAAGUUUAAGUUGAUAACUGAUGUUAAACAACUUGGCCAGACUAGGGCAUCAAUAACAUGCACAAGGGCUGGGAAAGAAAACAAAACGAAAAAAACAGUUCUGAAAUUUUUGUUUGCUAAAUUAUCUUUCUAUUGUAACAGUACCUCUUGCCAAUAAAUUCUAUACUUGUACAUUC